AUGGUCGAUUUAGAUGAAGUCUUUAGUUAUGAUACCUUCAAAGUCGUAAAAGUUAAGGACCGCCGUUUAGGGAUCUUGUUUCGAACCUUUCAGAUUGCAAUUCUCGUUUAUCUCAUUACCGAAAUUGUGUUAAAACAACUUUAUUUAAAAACGGAACCUCCUAUUCCUGGUGCCGUCCGAAUUUCCCUAAGAGCUCCAGAUAGUCUUAGUUAUCCUUCUUAUUGUAAUGACAGUGAUAUACAAUGUGUUUUCUGGGGUGCAAACGAAAUUCAAUAUCCAGAAGACGGAGCAGGUGUCGCAUUCUUCACCACAAGGGCCACA